AUGUCCCUGGUGGCCGCCAAAAACAGCCUCGCGGCCCUGCUCGGUCGCAGGCAAGAUACAAACGACACCUCCAGCCCCUCGACACUGUCGCCGUUCAGCUCAGCAGCGAGGAUCGGCGAGCGGGAGCCUCUGCUGGGCGGCAGGAGGAGGCCGGCCGAGGAGGACGACGACGUCGAGUCGCAGACCAGCAGCCACACGCUCGGCAGCACAGACAGCCAGGCGUCGGGGUCGUCGGUGUCCUCGCGCCGCCUCAGCGCCCGCAUAAUAUCCGAUGCCACCAUCGGGUUGUCCGACGGCCUCACCGUCCCUUUUGCCCUGACGGCUGGCCUCUCGGCCCUCGACGACAGCCGCAUCGUCAUCUACGGCGGCCUGGCCGAGCUCAUCGCCGGCGCCAUCUCAAUGGGGUUGGGUGGGUACCUGGGCGCCAAGAGCGAAGUCGCAUCAUACCAAGAAACCCUCGCCCAGACAAACCACAUGAUAAACACAGACCCGGACGCAACGCUCGAGGCUGUGCGCUCGGUCUUUGCGCCCUACGACGUGCCCAAGCCGACGGUCGACGCGCUGGCCGCGCACAUCUCAGCCUCGUCGUCGUCGCGCACCGGCGGCGGCGGCGGCGGCCAUAGCAUGCUCCCAGAAUUCCUGAUGCACUUUCACCACCGCGAGCCGGCGCCCGAGUCGUCGCGCGCCCUCGUGUCGGGCCUGACCAUCGCGCUGGGCUACUUCCUCGGCGGCCUGCUGCCGCUGCUGCCGUACGUCGUCGCGUCCGACCUGCACCGCGCCUGGUCCAUCAGCGUCGCCGUCAUGGCCGUCGCCCUCUUCUUGUUCGGCUACGCCAAGACGUGCUUCGUGUGCGGCUGGCGCGGGCCCGGGUGCGUGCGCAAGGGCCUCGUAGGUGCCCUGCAGAUGGUUAUCGUCGGUGGCGCGGCCGCCGCUGCUGCCAUGAUGCUCGUCAAGUUGUUUAAUUCCAUGGCCGAGGCCGGUGGCGGUGGGCCUUUGACGGGGUCUGCUGCAUGA